GACAGUGGCAAGUACACUGCCGAGGCCAUCAACGACUUGGGCAAGGACGAAGCGACUUACGAUCUCACUGUCACCAGUCCUCCAAAAUUUGUUCAAGGAUUGAAAGACACCUCUACGCUAGUUGACGAUGACGUUGAGUUUACAGUAGAGAUCGACGGAUGCCCAGAGCCCAGUGUUUCAUGGUGCAAGGACGGUCAACCACUGACGGGCACAUUCCGAAUCAAAAUUUCGUCUGAAGAUAAAAUUCAGAAGUUGAAGAUUACAAAUGCAAAAGCGGAGGACGCAGGGACGUAUUCCUGUAUUUUAAAAAAUGCACAUGGAAGUCAAGGAAGCUUUGGCGCGCUACAAGUGAACGCUCCAGCAUCAGUUGCAAAAGGGCUGAAUGACUUAAAAGUUAAAAAGGACACAGAGGCUAUUCUUGCAGUUACAGUAACAGGAAACCCAGCUCCUCAAAUUAAAUGGAGUAAAGAUGAUACGGAACUAAAAGCAGAUGGAUCACGUGUCAUUAUGAGAGACGACAGUGACGGUGUGCACACACUCAUCAUUCGCAAAGUGAGCGAGAAAGAUGUUGGCACGUACCGAUGUGACGUCAGCAAUACCCAUGGUGACGACAGCACUGAGGCUCGAUUGACAAUCAUCGAGGAGGGGCCCAAGAAGACGAGUCCUAAGUUUGAACAAGGCUUAAGUGACGUGAAAGCAACGGAAGGAGAAGACAUCAAUCUGAAAGUGAAAGUUAGCGGUAACCCAGAACCAACAAUUAAAUGGACCAAAGACGGGGAAGAUCUGAAAAUUGACCGAAAACACACAGAAAUCAAAAAAGAGAAAAAAGACGGUUCUGAGAGCCUGAUAGUUCGCAACAGCACCACUGAAGACACGGGAAAAUACACGUGUACCAUUAGCAACUCUGAAGGAUCCGAGACGACGUCCAGCAAAGUUACUGUUACAGAAAAAACAGAAAAAGCAUCUUUCAAGAAGGGAUUGAAAGACGUCGAGGUGACUGAAGGAGAAGACAUCAUUUACGAUCUCAAAAUCGAUGGCACCCCUCAACCAAAAGUAAAAUGGGCUAAGGACGGAUCAGUCCUUGAAGCGGAUGGAACACACGUGGAACAAAAGUUGGAAAAAGAUGGAACUUUGAAGCUAAUAGUACACGAAAGCACAAAAGACGACUCUGGCGAAUACAAAUGUACCAUUUCCAACUCCGAAGGCUCUGACAGUACAUCCAGUAAAGUUACAGUCACAGAAAAGAAAGAGAAAGCUUCAUUCAAGAAAGGGUUGAAAGAUAUCGAAGUCACAGAAGGAGAAGAUGUAGUAUAUAAUGUCAAAAUCGCUGGGAAACCCAAACCCACAGCAAAAUGGAGCAAGGACGGAGCUUCCCUGAGCAUCGACGGCAAGCAUGUGGAGCAGAGGAAGGAGGAGGCGGAAGAUUCCCUCACCAUCGUCAUCCACAAGUGCACCAAAGAAGACGCCGGUGAAUAUUCGUGCACCAUCACCAACACGGAAGGAUCCGAAACGACGACGAGCAAAACGACAAUCACAGAAAAUAAGGAGAAAGUUUCCUUCAAGAAAGGAUUAAAAGAUAUCAAAGUCACAGAAGGAGAAGAUGUGGUCUACAAUGUAAAGAUCGCUGGGAAACCCAAACCCACUGCAAAAUGGAGCAAGGACGGAGCCUCCCUGAGCAUCGACGGGAAGCACGUGGAGCAGAAGAGGGAGGAUGCGGAGGACUCCCUCACCAUCGUCAUCCACAAGUGCACCAAGGAGGACGCCGGUGAAUAUUCCUGCACCAUCACGAACACGGAAGGAUCCGAAACGACGACGAGCAAAAUGACAAUCACAGAAACGACAGAAAAGGCUUCGUUUAAGAAAGGAUUGAAAGACGUCCAGGUCACCGAAGGAGAGGACAUCGUAUUGAAUGUGGAAAUUGCUGGCACUCCAAAGCCCGAAGUGAACUGGACCAAGGAUGGCGCUGAUGUGAAAAUCGACAGUGAGCAUGUCGAGCAGAGAAAAGAAGACACAGACGAUUCCUUGACGUUAGUCGUUCAUAGUUGCACCGAGGAAGACACGGGAAGUACACGUGUACCGUCACAAAUGCGGAAGGGUCUGACAGCACUUCGAGCGCAGUGAAAGUUACAGCUGGGAAAGAAGCACCAACAUUCGUCAAAGGCCUCAGUGACGUCACCGUGCAAUCAGGGGAGACGGUUGAAUUUAAGGUUAAAGUCACCGGCAAACCAAAAGUAAU